AUGGCGGCUCCGACCGUCGCACGUAUGUCGACGGCCAGUGGUGGUGUUUGUUCGACUUGCCUGGCGCGGAUUGUGCGGCAACCCUCCUCGUCCGUUACUUUUGUGAGGUCCUCAAUCCACGCAACGAGGAAGCUUCACAAUGGCGUCCUGGCGGCGCACAGAGAACCAAAGAACAGUGGUGCUAGUCCACACAACUUUGCGCAAGACUAUUUCUCCGCCAACAACUCGAUUGAAAGAGGUUGGGUCAAGAGUGGGCUAUUGGCUGCCAUGCGCACUGUCGCGGAACCACCGCUUGAAGGCAACACCGGCUUGACACGCGAAGAGCGGUUAAAGCGGGCAAGAGAGGAGUUUGAGAAGAUUUCGCUGGAUCACAGGAUAGCAACUACAGAAAAGGCCGACGGUCGGAAGGUCGAGUCGGAAAUACCACCUACAGAGCCACGAGAAGCCGUCCCCAAUACCGAACCAAAACUGGAAGAGGUUCUGCCACACAGGAGAAGGAAACGACGGAGGGACAAUGAGGCCUCUGCCCAAGCUGCCAGCGAGUCUUUACCGUUGGAUGCCUCGUCACAACUGACGACCGCAGCAAGCAGCAUGCCCAAGUCUGCCGUCUUUCGCCGCAGACUGGCUACAUAUUUGUCUCUGUCGAAACCGCGACUGUCAUUCCUAAUUCUGCUCACAACCACCUCCGCUUAUUCUUUAUACCCACUUCCUGAAUUGCUAUCGUCUACGGCAGAUUCGGUUGGCUCGUCCUUCUCAACCUCGACUUUGACCCUCCUCUUUCUUACCACCGGCACCUUUCUAUCAUGUGCUUGCGCGAAUACUCUUAACAUGCUAUUCGAACCAAAAUACGACGCGCUCAUGACGCGAACUCGGAAUAGACCCCUCGUUAGGGGCCUUGUCUCCCCAAGGGCUGCCGCGGGUUUCGCCUUGCUCUGCGGCGCAACGGGUCUCCUUCUUCUGGGCUAUGGCACCAACCCCACCGUGGCUGGCCUCUCGGCCCUCAAUAUCUUCCUUUACGCCGGAGUGUAUACCCCAAUGAAGCGGAUAUCCGCCGCCAACACUUGGGUUGGCGCAAUUGUCGGCGGUAUCCCUCCGCUGAUGGGCUGGUGUGCUGCCGCAGGUGAAGCUGCCACGUCCGAACAUCAUUCGUGGAGAGAUCUGCUCCUUACUGAGGAUGCCAUUGGUGGCUGGGCUUUAGCUGCUCUGUUAUUUGCAUGGCAAUUCCCGCAUUUCAUGUCCCUGUCUCACACCAUUCGCGAUGAUUAUCGAAACGCCGGGCACAAAAUGCUGGCAUGGACAAAUCCAGCCCGCAAUGCCCGCGUUGCACUCCGAUACUCUCUGGCAAUGUUCCCAAUUUGUGGCGUCCUGUAUUGGGCCGGUUAUGUCGACUCUGGCUUCCUUGUGAUCAGCACUGCAUGCAACUUGUGGAUGACCCGCGAAGCGAUUCGCUUCUGGAGAAAGCAGGGAGCUGGUGGCAGCGCGAGAGGCCUUUUCUGGGCCAGUGUCUGGCAGCUUCCUCUUGUACUGGUUGGAGCUCUGGUGUGCAAACGAGGCCUGUGGGACGGCUUCCUCGGCAAAAAUGGACCUGCUAGCAUUUACGACGAGGAUUAUCCCGAUGGAGAGGGCGAUGAAUUAGGCAUGGAUUCCGCAAACCCCUCAAAAGAAUCAAAGCCUCCUGCGGACAUCAAUCUUGCCAUGAUGGGUUUCAAACGGCCGACUUGA